AUGCCGAUGAAACGCAGCAGUGAGAGUUCAGACAGAGAUGGAGUGUUUCUUAUUCACUCUCUGACAAAGACUUUGUGCAGCUCACCAGAAGAAACAGCCACAGACUUUAUCGGACAGACACGUUUUCAUCCGGAGGACGAUUCUGGGAUUAAAUCAGGUACCUCUCUCGUAAACUUUAUUUGUCUGUGUGUUCACUCAGAAGCAGAGGACAGUAACGAGACGCCGUCCUCUGAGGAAGACCAGGACCUGGUGGACUUCAACCCGGACCUGAACAUCAAACAGAGCAUCUCGUCCUCCAGAAAAACCAUCAGUCAGAUCAUCAAGGACAAGAAGAAACAGACACAGCUCACCCUGCAGUGGCUGGAGGAGAAUUAUAUCGUGUGUGAAGGAGUGUGUCUGCCUCGAUGUAUCCUCUACGCUCACUACCUGGACUUCUGCAGGAAGGAGAAGCUAGAGCCGGCCUGUGCUGCUACAUUUGGAAAGACGAUCCGACAGAAGUUUCCUCUGCUAACAACGAGACGACUGGGCACCAGAGGACACUCCAAAUAUCAUUAUUAUGGAAUUGGCAUCAAGGAGAGCAGUGCGUACUACCACUCUGUGUAUUCUGGGAAAGGUUUGACCAGAUUUUCAGGGAGCAAGCUCAAGAACGAGGGCGGCUUCACCAGGAAAUAUUCUCUGAGCUCCAAAACUGGAACGUUGCUCCCUGACUUCCCCAACGCUCAGCAUCUUCUGCUGCAGGGAAACAUCUCCAGAGAAAAGCUGGUCAUAAAUACAUCCCACAUUAAUGUAAUAAACAGUAUAUUCUGUAUCUGACAUGACGUUAUAGUUUGUUUUCUCCUCCACCUCGUCUCUUCUCAGGUGGACACUCUGAUCAUGAUGUAUAAAACACACUGCCAGUGCAUCCUGGACAACGCCAUCAAUGUUAACUUUGAGGAGAUCCAGAAUUUUCUGCUCCAUUUCUGGCAGGGAAUGCCCGACCACCUGCUGCCGCUGCUGGAGAACCCCGUUAUAGUCGACAUCUUCUGCGUCUGUGACUCCAUCCUCUACAAGGUUUUAACAGAUGUUCUGAUUCCAGCUACGAUGCAGGAGAUGCCUGAAAGUCUGUUGGCAGAUAUCAGAAACUUUGCCAAACACUGGGAGCACUGGCUGGCCUCCUCUCUGGAGAACCUCCCAGAAUGCCUUGCAGCCAAGAAGCUCCCCAUCGCACGCCACUUUGUGUCGUCCCUGAAGAGACAGACGUCGUUCCUACACCUGGCACAGAUAGCCCGCCCGGCGCUGUUCGACCAGGCGGUGGUGACCAGCAUGGUGUCGGAUAUCGACAACGUGGAUCUGAGCAGCAUCAGCUCCCAGCCGCUGGUCAGCGUCAACACCAGCGGAGACCAGGAGCCCGACAUCUACUCCGAGUAUGACUCCAUCACGGUGUUCCAGGAGCUGAAGGAGCUGCUGAGGAAGAACGCCACCGUGGAGUCCUUCAUCGAGUGGCUGGACUCUGUGGUGGAGCAUAAAGUCAUCAAGCCCGGGAAGCAGAGCGGCCGCUCGGUGAAGAAGCGAGCUCAGGAUUUCCUCCUCAGGUGGAGUUUCUUCGGUGCCAGAGUGAUGCACAACCUGACGCUCAACAACGCCUCCAGCUUCGGUUCCUUCCAUCUGAUCAGGAUGCUGCUGGAUGAAUACAUCCUGUUGGCUCUGGAGACUCAGUUCAACAACGACAAGGAGCAGGACCUGCAGAACCUGCUGGACAAAUACAUGAAAAAUGCAGAUGCGAGUAAAGCUGCGUUCAUGGCGUCUCCCAGUUCCUGUUUCCUGGCCAACCGCAACAAGGCCAGCGCCGCCAUCGACCAAUCGGUGAAGAACGAGUCUCUGGGGGAACACGCCUACAUGUCUCUGUCCACCAAUCAGCAGCAGAGUCUGGAGACGAGCGCCGUCAUCUACCCGGGGGCGGAGUCUGCCGGAUUCACAGUGUCAGGAGGUCAGAUGGACUUCUCUCAGGUCAGCGGGCCCCUCAUGACGCCCCCGAUCUCUCCAGCAGCGUUAGUGCACCGAGGCUCCGUCAUCAACCAGGGGCCCAUGUCGGGGAGGCCCCUGACUACGUCUUCUUCUUCCUCCACCUGCUGCACCACCUCCUCGUCCUCCUCCUCCUCCUGCCUGUCCUCUCUCAGCGUGAUGACCCAGCCCAGCCCCUGCUCCUCGUACCCGGAGACCCUGUACCACUGCUUACCUCAGACCGGCUCCGGUUACUUCCCUCCAGCCGGCGGCUCCUCGGCCCCAAACUACCAGCCUGCACUCAGGCCUCAGACUCAGACUCAGUGUCUGGCCUCAGUCCAGUCUCAGGCCUCCUCUCUGGCCUACCACCUCUCUCGGUACCCCUCCUUCAACGACCAGCAGCACCUGACCAAAGACGUCUUCUACAGCCACCACCACCCGUCAGCCCACCACUCCUCCAACACCACCAGCUGCUCCCUGACGCCUUACGGCGCCGCGGUCCGGCCCACGUCCAGCUACCCCUCCGGCUCAGAUCCAGUUCAGACGGAGCAGGGCCUGGACGCUCAGACGGCCGCUCAGAUCCUGGACUCAGCAGACGGGUUCGGCUUCGUGAACGCUGCGGGCGGCGGCUGUCAGGGAGCGGCGUACUCUGCUGCAGGACACAGCGGUUACUACAGCAACAGCAGUUACCUGGACAGCCAGCGUAUGACAUCACUGGUGGACCAGCACGUGUCCGUCAUCAGCACCGUGGGCAGCCUGCGUCCGUUCCCUUCACCGUACUCUGAAGUCCACGACCCGCUCAACAUCCUGGACGAGCCGGGGAGGAAAACUACAGGAACGUAUUUCACCGAGGCGGACACUGGAGCAGAUCACUCCCUCCCCUCGUCAGGAUCCGCUCCCUGCAUGUUCGGAGUUCCCUCUCCCUUCACCUCCCAGGAUGCAUUGCUCUCUCAGCAGCGUGUGCCGUCUUCGUCUGAGGUGCAGGACCUGGUGUCCUCGUUGCCCCCCAUCAACACCGUCUUCAUGGGAGCAGGAGGCGUUCAAUGACACAGGAAACAUCAAACCCCAUCAGAUCCAGAAUCAGAACAUGCAGACUGUACGGUACAGUAUAAAGAUAGAAACACACAGAGAAGGACUGAACAUUAUUUGGAUCUCCUACUGUACUAUAAACCAGAUAGACAGGAGCAAAGGAAAUAUAUAUUUUUUGUGGGAAAAUGUGGAUUAUUGCAUCAAAACCGUAAAUUUAUAACAGACCGUUUCAUGAAGAUAUAAAGAUAUUUAAAAAAUAUUUAAAAAUGUAUUUUUCAAUUAGUAAUUUUUCCAGUUUGUAA